ACUCUGAUUUUCUAUUUAGUUCAGGAGACUCACCUGACAUCACAUUCAUCUGUACACCAGGAGAGCAGCUUCACAUCAGCCCAUGUCGGUGACAAAGUGACCUUUCGAUGUUUCUACAAAGGUGAGGAUUCAGCAUGGAUCUGCUGGUACAAACAAAGCCUGGGGCAGAAGCCAAAGCUCAUUUCGAGCUUCUAUAACUAUGGAACAAAAAAGACUUUUUAUAAUGAAUUCCAGAACAAUGGUCGUUUCCAGUUGGGUGGAGAGAAUCACACUUACUACCUGACGGUUUCGGAUCUACGUGUUUCAGACUCAGCGACUUACUACUGUGCAGUUAACUAUGCAAAGGUUUUGACUUUUGCAGAGGGAAAUACAGUUAGUGUUAGAGAUUCGGGUUCUGACAUUCAGGCUUCGGUCGAUCAGCCGAAACAUGCCACUGUCCUGCCGGGAGCCUCUGUGACUCUGAACUGCACAGUACAAACUGGGAGCUGUGGUGGAGAACACAGAGUUUACUGGUUCAGAAACUCUGAUGGAUCUCCACCAGGACUUGUUUAUGGACACGGAACCAAGAACGAGCAGUGUGAGACAAAUCCCUACAGACAGACACACACCUGUGUGUAUGACCUGCCUGUGGAGAAUCUGGAUGCGUCUCAUGCUGGGACCUACUACUGCGCUGUCGCCUCCUGCGGUCACAUCGCUUUUGGAAAUGGAACCACGCUGGAUUUCACAGGUCAGUUAUAA